UUCCCAUUCCUGCCCACUCUUGUGGCCGUCUAUAGCCAUCUGCCCGUCAGUCAGACCCGCACCCAGUCGUCCAUUCGUGUGUUCUCCGGGCCCGGACUCGCGUCCCGACUCAUGGCUAAUGUAUAUGGAAUGUUACUCGAAGAGCAUUUGCGCAAAGAUGUGGUGAUGAGAAGCAAUUUAAAAUCGCCCGAAAAGCCCAUAUUGUCGUCGUUGGACUCACGGAUUGCCGAAUAUAACCAAUGGUUUACAACUUUUUACAAGCAUUAAAACAGUUGAAAAAAUCAAUUAAUUUUAAUUUAUUUUAUAAAAUGAAUAAAUAAAUGAAAGAAAC